CCUAUGUCUGAUUUGAAGUGACAGUGAGAGGAAGCAGAAGGUAUCUCUCAUUCUGUUUGGGCUCCUUGUUUACAGGAGAGUGAUGGAGAUGCUGUUAAGCACAAAAGGGAUCACCAUAUGCCUGAUUUUCUUUGUAUUGAGUUUGGCAGCAGCUGUUGAAAUACCAUUAUCAGUUUCGCAGCUUCCAACGAUCACGGGGCAAUCCCACACACAGGUUGCUUACCCCUUUGAUGAGGACUUUACCAUCAAAUGUGAAGCCAGAGGAAACCCACAGCCCACCUUUAACUGGACUAAGGAUGGAAAACCAUUUGAUUUAUUAUCUGACCCAAGGAUAGUUACCUCUAACAACUCUGGAACUUUUGUGAUUCAAAACCGUGGAAUCAUCAACAAUUUCCAAGGGAAAUAUCGUUGCUUUGCCUCCAAUGUGCUGGGAACUGCCAUGUCAGAGGAAAUUGAGCUCAUUGUUCCAA